UUGAUAAGAAUAUCUUGUACACGAAUAAGACAUAGAGGAAGGGACUGGAGCCUGCGCGUGACGGCGCUGGACCAGGACCGCCACGGGAACCCCACGGAGCUGUGCUUCGUGGACGUGUCGCUGCGUGACGUGAAGACGCUCAUGCGCGGGGAGGAGGCCGUGCUCAACCUGCCGCUGCAGAUCUCGGACAAGGAGGCGGGCGAGGUGCUGGUGGGGCUGAGCUUCCUGCCGACGGCGCAGCGCCUGUCCGUGAGCGUGCUGCGCGCCGCGCGCCUGCGCUACCUGCAGGUGGCCAACUCGCUCGCCGAU